GCGUCUACGUGUAUGUCCGCUCUUUUUGGGUCUUACUGGUAUCCGUAGCAAUACUUGCGGAAGAGGAUAAGGGAGAAAAUGGCUACAGAGACAAUCGACAACGAUGUAGCAGUGGAGCUAAGCCCUAAUUCUAGAGAAGAGCCUCCCAGGACCAGUGGCAUGGAUCAGCCCCGGAGGAGCAGGAGUAGGAGUGGCAGCAGGAGCCUGUCCGAGGAAGGAGGGAGAGAGAACAAUGUGGCACAGCAGAAGAGCAAUGUAGAAGCACCAGAGGGGGCAGAUAGUCCUGCAGCCGGUCCCAGAGACGAAGGCCACGGAGAGGCCAGCCCUGGAUCGGAGGCCCCCGUUCUAGGCAGUCCCGGAGUAGCCAGCUCCAAAGCCACCAGGGGCAGUAGGGUCCCUUCCAAUGCCAGUGUCAGCCAGGAGGAGGAGUCUAGUGGCUCUGACAAUGAGAGCAGUGAUGAAGACAGUGAUGAGGGAGUGGCCCGCAGGAUGAAGAGCAGUGUGGCACAGAUCGUGCAUGGUCCAGAUGACCAGAGUGUAAACAAAGGCAGGAGCCCCACCCCAGAUGACCGGGAUGAUGAUCGCCGUAGGUCCCGCUCCAGGUCCCGUUCCAGAAGUCAGGAGAGGGAUCGGCGCUAUGGUAGAGGAGGUUACAGCAGGUCAAGGGAUGAUGAUCGAGACAGAUAUUACGACCGCUAUGAGCGCCGGUCAAGUCGGGACAGAGAGGCUGAGUUCAGGAGGAGAGGCCGAUCGCCCUCCCCAGCCCAGAAGGACCCUGCUGCAGAGGAACCACCAGUGAAGAAGAAGAAGGAUGAACUGGACCCUAUCCUGACCCGAACUGGUGGAGCCUAUAUCCCCCCAGCCAAGCUACGUAUGAUGCAGGCUCAGAUCACUGACAAGAGCAGUCUGGCUUAUCAGCGUAUGAGCUGGGAGGCUCUGAAGAAGUCCAUCAAUGGUCUGAUAAACAAGGUGAACGUAUCCAACAUCGCCAUGAUCAUCCAGGAACUGCUGCAGGAGAACAUUGUCAGGGGCAGAGGUCUCCUGGCCAGGUCCACCCUGCAGGCCCAGAGUGCCUCGGCCACCUUCACUCACGUCUAUGCUGCUGUGGUAGCCAUCAUCAACUCCAAGUUUCCUCAGAUAGGAGAGCUCAUCCUCAAGAGACUCAUCCUUAACUUCCGCAAGGGCUACCGGAGGAACGACAAGGCACAAUGUCUCACGGCAUCAAAGUUCGUUGCCCACCUGGUCAAUCAGAAUGUGGCCCAUGAGGUGCUGUGUCUGGAGAUGUUGACUCUGCUCCUGGAGAGACCUACAGAUGACAGCGUGGAGGUGUCCAUCAGCUUCCUUAAGGAGUGUGGCCUCAAACUCACUGAAGUCUCCCCUAGAGGCAUCAAUGCCAUCUUCGAGCGGCUGCGUAACAUCCUUCACGAGUCGGAGAUAGACAAGCGUGUGCAGUACAUGAUCGAGGUGAUGUUCGCCAUUAGGAAGGACGGGUUUAAGGACCACCCUAUCGUUCCCGAGGGGCUGGACCUAGUGGAGGAGGACGAUCAGUUCACACACAUGCUGCCCCUAGAGGAUGACUACAACCAAGAAGAUAUACUGAAUGUCUUUAAGAUGGAUCCAGACUUCUUGGAGAACGAGGAGAAGUACAAAGCAAUUAAGAAGGAAAUCCUGGAUGAGGGCAGCAGUGACUCUGGAGAAGACGUGGAUGGAAGUGACGAUGAUGAAGAUGAUGGAGAAAAAGAGGGGGAAGAGGGCGGAGAUGAAGCAGAGAAAGUCACCAUCUUCGACCAGACGGAAGUCAACUUGGUCGCAUUUCGCCGCACCAUCUAUCUCGCCAUCCAGUCAAGUUUGGAUUUUGAGGAGUGUGCCCACAAGUUGAUCAAGAUGGACUUUCCUGACAGCCAAACAAAAGAGCUGUGCAACAUGAUUCUAGACUGCUGUGCCCAACAAAGGACCUACGAGAAGUUCUUUGGUCUUCUAGCAGGGAGGUUUUGUCUGCUGAAGAAGGACUAUAUGGAGAGUUUUGAGGCCAUCUUCAUGGAGCAGUAUGAAACCAUCCAUCGCCUAGAGACCAAUAAACUGAGAAACGUUGCCAGGAUGUUUGCUCAUCUCCUUUACACUGACUCUGUCCCGUGGAGUGUGCUGGAAUGUAUUAAAGUCAGUGAGGACACCACCACGUCGUCCAGUCGAAUCUUCGUCAAGAUCUUGUUCCAGGAGCUCUGUGCCUACAUGGGUCUGCCCAGGCUCAAUGAACGACUCAAGGAUAUGACGUUGCAGCCCUUCUUCGAGGGUCUCUUCCCUCGUGACAACCCCAGGAACACCCGAUUCGCCAUAAAUUUCUUCACCUCCAUUGGCCUGGGUGGACUUACGGAUGAGCUCCGUGAGCAUCUGAAGAAUGCCCCCAAGAUAAUCAUGACCCAGAACCAGGACGUGGAGUCAUCAGACUCCGACUCGUCCUCUUCCUCCUCUGACUCGUCUUCCUCAGACAGUGACAGCAGCGACAGUGACAGCUCUGACUCCUCCACUGACUCCUCAUCCAGCAACAGCUCAGAUUCUGAUUCAAGGCGUAAAAAGAGUAAGGGCCAGAGCAAAAAGAAGAGCGACAAAGACAAGAAGAAAGACAAGAAGACCAAGGACAAGGCUUCUUCCAAAAAGAUCUCGCUUCAGAAGUCACCUCUGGAGGAACGGCCCAAUAGGAGUCUGAGACACGAGAACCGUCGCCGUGAUGACAGCAGUAGCGAUGAAGAGGUGGCGGAGCGCGGCGGGGGGAGACCCCGGCCUGAGGACCGCCACAAAGCCUCUCGCCACCGUGGUCGAGUAGAAGACGCUCCGCCACCCACACACGAGAGACCCGACCGUUCUGACCGUGGAGGGCACAAUGACAAGGAGCUGCCUCGUGGCAGGCCUGGCAGAGACCGAGACUAUGAGGACGGGGACAGACAGCCAGAGGCCCGCAGGCACAACAAGGACGAUGGGGGGGGGGGCGAUGGGAAACACCAAACCCCCCAGGCCGACCGUGACCGAGUCAGACACCGUAGCCCUGAGAAAGAGAAGGAACCAGUGAGCAGUGGCGGCAGGGACAGAGAAAAAGAGAGGUCAAAGUCACGGGAGAGGAGCAGCCGCAAGGAGAAGGACAUGGAUUCCUCCAGGGACUCGAACAGGAACGGGGUGGAGCGGCAGGCAGAGAGGGCAGAGCGGGCGGACAAGGAGAACAGGGAGAACCGCCAUCACUCUGACAGAUACAGAGAACCCAGGCGAAACGAGGAACGGAGCAGGAAUAGCUCCCCGCGCAGACGGAGAUAGCCGGACCAAUGAGAAAAGUAGUAGGCUUCCUUUCCAAUGUCCAUACUUACAUCAUUUGAAGUUGUGUGCUACUGCAGACAUUGAAACAGAGCCAUAGUAGUUAUGAUAGUCAUGCUGUUCAUGUGCCAGCUUGAACUCAUCCAUCUCAUUCUCUGUCAUUGUCUGUCUCUCUCAAUGUAUGCAUCUUAUGCAUAGCCUUUACAAUUUUAUAUUGCCCAAUGAAAUCUUUCUUAGGAAUGGUUCAGCGGUUGUAUAGGAACAAUAACAGUGCAGAGAUCUGCUUGCAAAAGUAGUGUUUCUAUGAUUGUUUCUUUCUCUGGGUGUUAUCAAUGUAAGACUGGUAAAGUCAAGAAAGCUUGAGUUUGUAUUUGAUGCAUCAACCAAUUUUGUAUUAGUGGCAACCUAUUUUUGUGUUGAUAAAAAAUAAGACAAAACAUAAAAAAUCAUUCAACUGUU